CACAGUUGUGAAUGGUGGUCGUCAUUUUCACGCAGACUACCCUCCAUUGAUGAUCAUCCAUUCACACUCAUCUUUCCUCGAUCCAUCCAUAUUUCUUCAUCUCUCUUUCUGAUUUUGUGUCAACGAGGUACAGAUCCAUGGAGAUCAUCAGCUUUUUUGUUGUUUUUGCUUCGAAGAGCAUUAAAAAAGCUUGAAUCACUUGUCUUUUCGUCAUUGUUGAUCUUCUCUCUGAUCUCGUCUUAAGACGCCAUUGGAGCUCGAUUUAGAGAGAGGAAAUUGAUCGAACGAGUUCGAAUUCGAGAAGGAAAAAUGCAACGAGAUGAUUCAUCGACGUAUUCUACCUCAACGAUGAAUAUGAACCCUAAAUUUCCUGAUCAGCAAGAGCAUCUGAAAUGUCCACGAUGCGAUUCGAUCAACACGAAGUUUUGUUACUAUAACAACUAUAAUCUGUCACAGCCUCGCCAUUUCUGUAAGAAUUGCCGGCGAUAUUGGACCAAAGGCGGUACGCUUCGUAACAUUCCGAUCGGCGGCGGAACACGGAAGAACACUAAACGCUCCUUGAACUCAAACAAACGCGGCGGUGCUCAUUCUUCUUCUUCUUCCUCCACUUCUCCGGCGGUGCUGGCGCCACCAGUAGCACAACCGAAACCGGAAGUUUCAGGGAUGUACGGCCGGUAUGGUGAUGAUCGGAUGGACGGAGGCGGUGGAAGUUUCAGCUCGCUGUUGGGAUCGCCUCCUGGAGGACAGUUUGCGAAAUUAUUGAUGGAUGGUCUGAGUCCGAAUCUGGUGGAUGGAUCCGUUGAAGAUGGUUUGAUCCGAAAUCCAUCUGCAGAGGAAUUUGAGAGUAAUUUCUUGAGGAUGAACCAUAAAACCAGUAAUCAAAUUGAAGGUGCAGGAGGAGGAGAAUCAAGCUACUAUAAUCAGAGAGAUAAUGGAUGGCCUGAUCUUUCCAUUUACACACCAGGUUCGAACUUCCAUUAG